AAACUCUCGCUUCAGCCAUUCUCCAUUAACUGGAAGAAAGCGGGAAACAGGAAUAACACAACAAGAAAUGCCUCAAAAAAGCAUGUGUGGACAAGUUCGUAAGCUACUAGACUUUAUCAGUCCAGCUUGUCCUCGAGCAGAAGUAACAAAGAAACAAUUAGCUGCUAUGGAUGCAUCAGAAUUUCGAAGAAGAGGUAGAGAAAUGGUGGAUUACAUAGCUGAUUAUCUUGAAUCCAUUUCAGAGCGAAGAGUAACACCUAAUGUUGAACCAGGUUAUCUGCGAAACCUUAUUCCAAGUUCUGCACCUAAAAAAGGGGAAGAUUGGGACGAUAUCAUGAGAGAUGUUGAAAAAUUCAUCAUGCCUGGUGUGACACAUUGGCAGCAUCCAAGAUUCCAUGCAUAUUUUCCAGCAGGAAAUGCUUAUCCUUCUAUACUUGCAGACAUGCUAUCAGAUGCAAUAGGAUGCGUAGGAUUUUCUUGGGCAGCAAGUCCCGCCUGUACUGAACUAGAAACAAUAAUGCUCGAUUGGCUAGGAAAAAUGAUUGGAUUGCCGGAAGAGUUUUUGUGUUUAUCAGAUAAAAGUAAAGGUGGUGGGGUAAUACAGGGUUCAGCUAGUGAUUGUAUUUUAGUUAAUUUAUUAGCCGCCCGCCAUUCUGCAAUUAAAGCUCUAAAAGAAGAAAAACCUUUUGUAGAAGAAGGUGUAUUGCUCUCUUCACUCAUGGCAUAUUGUUCAAAAGAGGCUCAUUCCAGUGUAGAAAAAGCAGCCAUGAUAGGUUUUGUGAAAUUAAGAAUUCUUGAUACAGAUGAAAAUUUUAAACUUCGAGGCACAACUUUAGCUAAAGCUAUGGAGGAAGAUAAAAAUAUGGGACUCAAACCUUUCUUUGUAGCAGCAACAUUAGGAACGACAUCUUGCUGUUCAUUUGAUCCAAUUUUUGAAAUUGGUCCAGUUUGUGAAAGAUUUGGGGUUUGGUUACACGUGGAUGCAGCAUAUGCAGGAAGCGCCUUAAUAUGUCCUGAAUUUCAACACCUAUUAAGGGGCAUAGAAUAUGCCAUGUCUUUUAACAUGAAUCCAAAUAAGUGGAUGUUAGUGAAUUUUGACUGUUCUACCAUGUGGGUAAAAGAUCGUUUCAAGUUGACGCAAGCUUUGGUAGUAGAUCCUUUAUACCUACAGCAUAGUUUUUCAGAUAAAUCAAUAGAUUAUCGACAUUGGGGUAUCCCUUUAAGCCGAAGAUUUCGUUCUCUUAAGUUGUGGUUUGUUAUUCGAAAAUACGGAGUUGAAGGUCUUCAGAAAUAUAUUCGAGAGCACGUACGUUUAGCGAAAAAAUUUGAAAGUCUAGUCCGAGAUGAUGAAAGGUUCAUAGUUGCUAAUCAAGUUCAUUUUGGUUUAGUAUGUUUUCGAUUAAAGGGCUCUAACAGCCUCAAUCAAAAGCUCCUAUCAGCUAUGAACGCAUCUGGAAAACUGCAUAUGGUUCCAGCAUCUUUGAGUGGUAAUUACGUCAUCAGAUUCUGUGUAUGUGCUCAACAUGCAACUGAUGCUGACAUUCUUUACGCUUGGGAUGUCAUUACUUUGUUCACAGAAGAGCUUCUGGCAAAACUCGAAGAAGAAAUUCCUGAGGAAGAAGAGGAAGAGGAAGAAGAGGAAGAAGAAGAGAAAGAAGUUACAGAGCACGUAGAAGAAGCUGUUGAUGAGGUAUUCUUAUUAGAAAGAAAACGCAAGCACAGUUUAAAAUACAAGCGCAGCUUCUUCGUUCGCAUGGUAUCUGAUCCCAAAUUAUACAAUCCAAAGAUUGUUCGAGCUCUUUCUUCAAGUGGUGGUACUCGUAGGCAUACAAGUGAUCCCGUUGAAAGUGAUACGGGUGUUAUCACCCCUGUUUAAAUUGCUUGAAUUCCUUGCAAUUGUAUGGCUUAAAUCGAUAUUCAAAAGCAAUGUGGAUGAUUUUUAUAUGUGGAAUAUUUUAUGUAAAUUAUUCUGUUUAAUUCAUUUUGUCUUAAUUUCUUAAAUGUUGCAAUUUUAAGUAUACCUAGAUUUAGAAUCUUUCAUGUUACUUCCUUAAAAGUAUUUACAAGGCAAAGAUCACACAAAGUAUACAGAGUUUUGUCACUUCAAAUUUAAAUUUUAUAUUAGUUUAUAUUAUAAGAAGAACAGCAUCUAUUGUUUAAUUUCUUUCAUUUUUGAA